CAGACGCAGUACAGCGGGACUGCGAGGGCCGCGGCGGAGGUGGCGGCCUGGGGGAAGUGAAUGGUUUUACCCAGCGGGCCCAGCGCCGGCCUUCGCCUAGGUCGCAGUACGCGCGGCCGUUUUCCUCUUUCCGCUGGGCCAUGGCGUUCACGUUCGCUGCUUUUUGCUACAUGCUGGCGCUGCUGCUCACCGCUGCGCUUAUCUUCUUCGCCAUCUGGCACAUUAUAGCAUUUGAUGAACUGAAGACUGAUUACAAGAAUCCCAUAGACCAAUGUAAUACACUCAAUCCUCUUGUACUUCCAGAAUAUCUCAUCCACGCUUUCUUCUGUGUCAUGUUUCUCUGUGCAGCAGAGUGGCUUACACUGGGUCUCAAUAUGCCACUCUUGGCAUAUCAUAUUUGGAGGUAUAUGAGUAGACCAGUAAUGAGUGGACCAGGACUCUAUGAUCCUACAACCAUCAUGAAUGCAGAUAUUCUAGCAUACUGUCAGAAAGAAGGAUGGUGCAAAUUAGCAUUUUACCUACUAUCAUUUUUUUACUACCUAUAUGGCAUGAUUUACGUUUUGGUGAGCUCUUAAGAUGAUAUACAACAGACUCAGUCCUGUUAAGUGCAUGCAAAAGCCACAAAAUGAAAAGGAUUCUAUCCAACAAGAACCUGUUUGCAAGAUUAGUUUAUGGAAUAUGAUAUUACUUUUAAAAAAAAAAGACUCCUUAUUUUUCAAAUGUUUCCACUUUUUUUUUGUGGAAAGACUGUUUUCAUAUGUUAUGCUUUAGACAAAUUAAAUGGAAUUACGUAUAAAUGAAUAUAAAAAGAUUACCUCUGGUAUUGACAGGUUUGAAUUUGUACUCCCUAGAAACAGCCAUAAUUUUCUAAAUAAUUGUAUUAAUUACUGACUGUCCUUAGUCUGGAACUUUUUGUUUACAGGAGCCUAUAGUAGUUUAUUUUGGUUUUAUUGAAAUAUUGAUUAUAAUUAUUGGAGAUCAAGUGCUUUUGAAGGACUGAAAAUUUUGUAUAUGUUUGACCUUGUAGGAAGCCUCAUAAGUUUCUUUAUAUAUCAUGUAGAAGAUUACAUGGAUAUAUUUGCAGAAGUAAUGAUGGUGGGAUUUUUUUUCUUAACAUUUGAAUAUUAGCCCUGUGUAUUGCAUGAUCUAGAAAUUUCCCAUAAUAGCUCGUUAAAAUUCAUAUAUUUUAAUUCUUAAGCAUAAGUAAAAAUAUUGAGAAUAUAUACUAAAUUAUCUUGGAAUGCAUUUAAAGUUAUUUUAAAUGUUUUCAUUUGUAGCAGUCACUUAGUAAGAAAUUCGGUAUUCAAAUUACUGUUACAAUCUAGUGAUAAAAGAUAUUCUUAAGGACUUGAAACUUAUACCUUAGAUAUUCAGAACAGAAAAUGAAAGAGAACAUUGUGUAACUAUCCUGCUGUUCUUUAGUGCAAUACAAAUAAAAGUCUAAAAUUAAGACUUCUUUUCAGUGCAUUGUUUUAAAAGAUUGCAGAUAGAUACUUAAAAUUGCUUAAUCUACGACUAUAAUAAAUUCAUAUUAGUUAUAUUUUUAAACCAGUAUUGUUAUGUUUUUUUUUUUUCCACUACUGACUCCAAAAGGGACAUUUAAAAUUUCUAGGCAUAGUAAUCCUUGAUUUUCUUUUGCCAUUUUAGUGGUAUGUGUUUUGACAAAUUUAUAAAGUUGCUUUCUCCUGUUUUUUUGAGGAUUAAAAGGCACUUUUUAAAUUUAAAAUUUUUUUUAUUUUAAUAAACUGAUUUCUGGUAAAAUUCUUUUAUCUAGACUGUUGCCUUCUCAUCUUUAGUGAUUUUUAUAAAUCAUAGUUUCAAGUUUUAGUAAAUAAUCUUAUGAUUUAACUGGCAUCAGAAAGUUCAGGCAAAUGUAUAUACAGUGAUUUCUAAAGUCUUAAAAAGCCUAAGUUAUUUGAACACAUUAAAAUAAAUACAACUUUUUCAUAAACUGAUAAAAGUGAAUUUUUUUGUCAUUUGUAAAAAUUGUUAUAAAAUUUAAUUAAAGGAGCUGCUACUUCUAUAUAGUUAAAAGUGAAUAACGUUUUAAAACUCUACCAUACCCAUUUGGGACAGAAUGGUUAGAAUACUUGGAGUUUUGUUUUUCUACUUGCAUGCAAUAUUCUUUUGGUAUUUGCCUUCUCCCCAAUCUCUUCCAGUAGAAAACAAGUGACAAUUUUCCAAGCUAUAGGAAAAUAUAUUGACUUUUACAAUUCAAUAAAAAAUUUUAAGCUG